UACUGCUACAAAUGACGUUGUGCAGAUGCAAUUUAUUCCUGACAACAGUUCUACAAUUGAGAGCAAUAUAGUGCCAAUAGGAUCUCCAAGUCUAUCAAUGUUCCCUAGAACGAGUGACAGCAACCUGGUACAGAUACAGUUUCGAAGCAGUUUACCAUCCCCUGAAACAAACAAAAUACAGAUAACAGAGGAUAGAGGUACCAGAAGGAUAAAUCCUAAAAGAUGCAAGAAAAAACUAAAUUUCGAUAAAUGUUAUCUUGAUUAUGUGGACGAUGUGGAUACGUUAUUGAUUAAUGAAGCAUUUGUAUCAGAUGACUCAACAGAUUGGAGUGAAGAGGAAGAGUCAUCUGACGAGAUGGAAGAUGGAGAUCAACACACUAAAACUGCAAAAAGAAAUAAGAACAAGCAAGGCAAACAUAAAGACAAAAAUAAAACAAAAGCGUUGAUUAAAAAAGAAAAUGAAGAAGAAAAGGAAAAAGGGAAGUGCAAUUGAGCAGCCUCAAUAGUGCAAUGCCGAAAUCAAAUUUAUAUUUGACUAAGUUACCAAUAUCCCAACAAAAAUAUAACGACUUAAAAAAAUUAGUAGAGAAAAAAGUGAUUCCAAAUAUUUACGCCAAAGAAUAUUUAGGUUUUAAGUACAGCUGUAAAACAAAUGACUGUUUACCUGAAACCGAUGAAGAUGACUGAAAAAAAAAUGUGAAUGAUUCGCGAUAGCAUAAUUUUAAUAUCAAUGGUUUAUUUACUUUUCCUUAAAUAUGCUUUUGAUUGAACACAAUAUCUUCAUGUUAAGUUUCAAUUAUAAUUGUAUUUUGUUAUAUCUUUCGUUCUAUAAAAUGAGGCAAAUUGGCACUAAGUUUCUGUUUUUUAGUUUUAAAUAAACAUUGUUUGAUUGGA